AUGGCAGCCACCACGGGCUCGGGAGUAAAAGUCCCUCGCAAUUUUCGACUGUUGGAAGAACUCGAAGAAGGCCAGAAAGGAGUAGGAGAUGGCACAGUUAGCUGGGGUCUAGAAGAUGACGAAGACAUGACACUUACAAGAUGGACAGGGAUGAUAAUUGGGCCUCCAAGAACAAUUUAUGAAAACCGGAUAUACACUUCCAGUAUUUCUUUGGAACACCAGACAAUCCCAGCAGUGGCCAACAGUAAAUUUCAUAUCUCCCGAGCUUUAAAGUUCAGGUUAUUUGAGCAUUCUAUGUUGCAGUGGCAGUUGUUGAGAAUUGGUAACUCCCUACUGUUGGGGUGCUUUAUGUAG